CGUAGACUAGUCACGUGAUAGACAUUGUCUUAUUUUUUUUCUCAUCGAGCGUUCGGCUGAGCGAUGCGAUUAUUUGCGAUAUUUUCACGCGUAAAAGUGUUUUGUUUCGAUGAGUUUAUGUUUGUUUUUUAAAGUAUCUGAUAUUCAUGUACAUGCCGGGAUUGAAAUAAGAGCAGGAAAUCUUUUGAGGAAGUGGAGUGAAGUGACAGCCCCGCUGUAAAUCAAGAUGGCAGGUCUGUCUUUGUAUUAUGAAGAUGGUCAUGAUGAUUUGGACGACUUUGGAUUCGAUGACUAUGGUUCAGAAUGUGAUGGGAUUCGGAUAACAGCAUUCCUGGAUGCAGGCCAGGAUAAUCUCACGCCUCUGGGCCGACUGGAGAAAUAUGCUUCCAGUGAAAACGUCUUCAACAGGCAAAUUGUGGCUCGUGGAUUGCUGGAUGUGCUCCGGGAGUUCAGUGAUAAUGAAAAUGACUUCAUCAUUGUCAUGGAAACGGUUGCAAGGAUGUCCGAGGAUGGAGAACCGACAGUGCGAGCAGAGCUGAUGGAACAGGUACCAAACAUUGCCAUGUUCCUCCAUGAAAAUCGGCCCAAUUUCCCAGAAGCCUUCUCGCGGUAUCUAGUACCCAUUGUGGUCCGGUAUCUCACAGACCCUAAUAACCAGGUGCGAAAGACGAGCCAGGCCGCUUUACUGGUGUUAGUUGAACAGGGUCUGAUGAGUAAGACAGAUAUGGAGGGAAAAGUCUGCCCUGUUCUUCUGGAGCUCACUGAACCCAACAGUGACGAUGACUACAAGAUUGAAGCAGUUGCGAUCAUGUGUAAGUUGGUGACCAUGUUGACUAAAGACACGGUGGAACACCUUUUAUUGCUGCGCUUUUGUGAACUCUGCAGUGACGUCAGACUUUUUCAAGUCCGCAAGGUUUGUGCUGCAAACUUUGGCGAGUUCUGUUCUAUUGCUGGCCAUGAAGCCACAGAGAAACUUCUGAUGCCAAAGUUUUUCGACAUGUGCUCAGACAGUCUGUGGGGUAUUCGGAAAGCCUGUGCCGAGUGCUUCAUGGUUGUUUCAAACUGCACUACUCCGGAGGUGCGGCGUACUAAAUUGUCCCCCUUGUUCAUCAACCUCAUUAGUGAUCAGUCACGUUGGGUACGCCAGGCAGCGUUCCAGUCUCUUGGUCGUUUCAUCUCCACGUUUGCCAACCCUUCAAUCACAGGAUUGCAUUUCUGUGAGGAUGGAACCCUCCGUGAGAUACCGAAGAGCCAUGGACACAAAGUGACCACCAGCAACUCCAGUAACAGCCGCAAUUCCUCCAUCGAUGGUUCUCCAGACAGUCUCAUUCAGCCCCGUUCAGAGCAGCUACUGUCCACUUCAGAUCUGACGGGUCCACCAUUACAUCCUCCAGAAGCCAAUUCCUCUAUCCAGCCCAACGAAGGCGGCACCAGCCUGGACCAGCCUGAACACUCUGCCCCUUUGUCCCACCAGCAGAUGGACGACUGCACAAUUUUCAGCUCCUUCAACUUCUGGAGACCCCCACUACCUGACAUUACCCAAGAGCUGCAGCUACUACACGAAGAGGAAAGAGAUGAGGUGAUAGAGACACAAUAUGAGACCAUGAGGGACAUGGAAGGUAAGUGGAAGGAAGACGUGCCAAGUCUAAAUGCACAAGGCCCAGCCACCAGCUCCCAGAUACAAAAGGUUUUGGACUGUCUUCAGCCCCACCUUGAUGAUCCCGAUGUGCAAGCACAAGUGAAGGUGUUGUCCGCUGCGCUGAAGGCUGCCCAACUAGAGAGUCAGAGAGAAGAUUUGGAUGAGUCCGUGUCAGAGAGUAACAGUUCCACAGGCUCCCCGACAUCUGAUGAGCUCAGUGCCAUGAGUGAACUCUCACUGACGGACGCACAGAUCUCAGACUCACCCUCCAGUUCACCAGUGCUGGUAGACGACUCUGAACACAGCAGUGAGGAGUCAGACCUUAUAGAAAAUGUGGAAGAGGACAAAGAUUCAGACACAGCUAAAACAUUCGACGAGGAGAAAUCUAAAAUACAGAAUGUAAUUCCACAGCAGUUGCUGGAUCAGUAUCUAUCCAUGACAGACCCCGCUCGAGCUCAGACCGUAGACACUGAGAUCGCCAAACACUGUGCAUUCAGCUUGCCAGGCGUCGCCCUAACGCUGGGCAGACAGAACUGGCACUGCCUCAAAGACACAUAUGAGACCCUUGCUACAGACGUACAGUGGAAGGUGCGGCGGACGCUGGCGUUCUCCAUCCAUGAGUUGGCAGUGAUUCUGGGGGAUCAGCUGACUGCAGCUGACCUGGUGCCCAUAUUUAAUUGCUUCCUCAAAGACCUCGAUGAGGUGCGGAUAGGAGUCCUCAAACACCUGUAUGAUUUCUUGAAGCUUCUUCAUGCCGAUAAGCGUCGGGAGUAUCUGUAUCAGCUGCAGGAGUUCAUGGUGACGGACAACAGCAGAAAUUGGAGAUUCCGAUAUGAGCUAGCUGAGCAGCUCAUCCUGAUCAUUGAGUUGUACAGCCACAACGAUGUCUAUGACUACCUCAGACAGAUCGCACUCAACCUUUGUUCUGACAAAGUGUCUGAAGUUCGGUGGAUGUCCUAUAAACUGGUGGUGGAGAUCCUGCAGAAAUUAUACGCCUGUGACGCUCAUGAUCUGGGUCUGAAUUUCAUUAAUGAACUCAUCAAGAGAUUCUGCCACUGUCCCAAAUGGGUCGGACGUCAGGCAUUUGCAUUCAUUUGCCAGGUCAUUGUGGAGGAGGACUGUAUGCCCAUGGACCAGUUUGCACAGCACCUUCUACCCAGUCUGCUCAGCCUCUCAUCAGAUACUGUACCCAACGUACGUGUGCUAGUGGCCAAGGCGUUACAGCAGAGCGUGUUUGAAAAACCGUACUUCAAGGACCCAGGCAGUGCUUACUCUGAAGAGCUGGAAGAGGCUCUGUCUGAGCUGAGGAUGGACAAGGACAGGGACGUGCGGUUCUUCGCCACACUAGAUCCCAACAGAAAUGUCAUGGACACGGCAGCGCUAAUUUAGUAGCAUGUACUACCCGCACACAUGAACAGGCACCAGCAGGAACAACACUAAAUGGAUUCACAGACAAGUGUUUACAAAUAGGAACUACUGACCAAGACCUUCACACACACAAUGUAUCCCUGUCCUGUCCUAAUAACACUCCACAUUUGACAGUGCAUGCAUAUGUUAUGCAUUUAUACACAAAACAGGCCUCAUUUAUAAAACGUUUCUACUGAUAUGUAGCUAAAUCUAAAAUUGGAUCCUUAAAAUAUGCUUCAAAUAUAUCUUCAAACACAGAACAACCAUCUCACCUCUCUAAAUGGUGCAAGAUUUUAUUUGCACCUUUGCGGCAGCAAAAAGUAUUUGGAGACACAAGCCGCAUCUCAACACCGGAUUGUGUUGUUUCUCCUCAUCAGGCCUUUCAGAUGCUACCAGCUACCCCUCCAAAGCUAACUGUACAUUUGUAAGACUUCUUUUUUUCAUUUUCUUGUGGAUUUCUUUAAACACAAAGGACUAAGAAGACAUGAGCAGGCUGACAAAGUGAAGUGCUACUAACUCAGGGAGACCUGAUAUCCAGAUUUUUUUUAAAGCUGCAAUGCUGCAAAAUAGUAUCAAGCUGAGCCCAAGUGAUGCUGCAGAACUGUUUCUGCAUUGACCAACCUCCUGUUUACCCGAUCCUCAGGAUCCACACAGAUUGUUGUGGGAAACGGGGUUUAGAAACCGCAAAUCAGCACAUUUUUGCAGUUCAGGAGUCGAAAACCUCUCUCUCUUUUUGCUCAAUCCUGUUGUAGCUCACAAUUUGCUAUUGUCUUUCAAUACUGACAUUUUAAUGUACAUGUUUUGAGUGUGAUCCAGUCAUACGUAAACUUAACCUCCUCGUCUUCCCUGAUUGUUGGAGAGCGGUUUUAUUUAUUUUUCUCACGUUUUAUAAAUAAAAGGGGCCAGUAUUUUACAGAGGUGUCAGAAGUUGCUUUACAGGCAACCUUUACAGCCACCAGAUGACAUAUAGACACCGAACAACCGAAAAUGUCAGACUUGUCCGGUCUUAGAAAUUACGUUAAAAUAUUAAUAAAAUCUCAAUUGGUUAAUUCUGAGUUAAGGGGGCGCUGCUCGGUUGUUUGUGGAAAGCACCGAAGCAAGCACACUGUUUAGUCGGAUUUGCACUAGUUAAGCACACCAUGAUUCCUCUCAUUCUAACAAUACCCAAAUUUGCUUUAAAGUAAAUAAGCUAUUUUGUUCUUGAAGUUAAUAUAACGGACCAUCCGUUUUUAAAAAGCAUGGUUGUGCCGCUCUUGGCAUUGUUUAACUCGCGUCUAGCUGCUGAUCGGUUAUCAGUAUGCCUGUUUUUAUGGUUUAUAUAUGUAAAUUAGGAGGACCGGACCCAAAUCAGCACGUAAGGGCAAACUUUGCCAAGAGCACUUUACUAUUCAUUAAGGGUUCAGUGGAAAUAAGAUUGCAGGUCCUUGUUUUACACAGUAUAUAUAAUGAUAAAUAAAUGUGAUGAACUGGAUUAAUCAUGAUAAAUCAGUGGUUUAGAUUUUUUAUUUUUUUUAUAAGGCAAUUUUCUUGAUCAAACUCAAAUGGUGCUGGAAUCUGGUGCAUUUAUUCUCUCAGAUGUGAACAUGGAAUGUUUAUGGAUUGUGUAUAUGGAGUUGUUAAAAAAAUAGGUUUAGUUUAGCUCUGAAAUACAGCCUGUGAUCAAACUGAUAUAAAAUGAUAUCUGCAGGAGUCAAGGCCAGUCUUUUUAUGUGGCAAUAUUUUGUUUGGAGUUUUAUAAUGGGGAAGUUGUUUUUCUUGUGUUCCCAUGUUUGUUUUUGUGUCUGCAUGCAUCUGUGUGUCCUUUCCGUUUCAUUUUUAUUUUUUUUUCUUCCCAUAUGGACCAUGUUGAGAGUAGAAAGAUAUUUUGUUGGAUUAUAUUUUCCCCAAUAAAUUUGUCUGUGAGAGGCACUGACAUCACUGAUAUGUCAACUAAACCACUUCAUCUGUCAUGCAUCUGUUCUGUUUUCUUUUUAAUGUUACAAUAUUAAGAAAAAAGCAUCUGAUUUGAUUCUUUUGCCCCAUUUUAUUCUUCCCAAUGUAUCAUGUUCAAAGAUUUUAUAUCCUAACUUUUGAGGUUACAACCUUUGUAAUUUUCUGUGCAUCUCUAUUAAAUACAUUGUAUGUAUUGUUAUUUUUAGUUUUCAUUAAUUAAAAUAAUAUAAAUUUAAAAUCUUUUCUCGGUUUUGACUUUUAUUCUGAAGACAAUUUAGCCAGAAAUUACUAAAUCAAGUGAUUCUUGAGCACCUUAAAUAUGUUUGUAAUAUUUUAUAUAUAUGUGUGUGUGUGUGUGUGUGUGUGCGUAAAUAUAUAUUGUAUGCCUCCAUUAAACGUUUAUGCAUACAUUUGCAGUGCAUCACAUCAAAGCAGUAUUUUCCCGUUCGAUUGACUUUUGUUGUGAGAGAUUUCACUUCCGGUUCGACUUUUCCGGUCCUCUUUCCUGCCUCCGGUUCAAGAUGGUGAGUCUCUCGAGCCUUCGCGAUUGAUACAUGAACAUGAUUUAGUAAAUGAAAUCUCCUUUAUAUACGCUAGAAACCUCUCUGUUCACUUAGUUUAGUUAGUGACGUAUUUAAUAGUAUUAGAUGUGGAAUUGAAUGAGAAUUGUAUUAUCGGAUUGUUGACAGUUUUAGUAAGGCGUUUGUGGAGAUGGCUAGCAUGUGCUUCUGCUGCAGCACGCGGCGUUGACAGACCUGCUACUCUGUUUAUGAAGUCAAAUACGUCCCUAUAAUGAUUAUUAUCGCCAUUAGUUACUCAACGUAGUGAUGCAGGGUGUGGUAUAGUCGUUAUUCAGUGUAUAUAUCAAGACCCUCAGCCUGUCAUCAUAGGUUGAGUGUAAACUGAGCUGACAUAAAAAUGUCUGCAUAUAACUGAUUUCUACUCUCAUCUACAAUUAAUAGUUGAUCGACACGUUGAUAAUAGUAGUGAAUUGCCAUUUAUUUUGAUUGGUGCAACAACAACAAAAAGUAUCUUCUCUGGAAAUAUAAAGAUCUGUAUGUGGUUCCAAUAGUAAUGGAACACCUGGUCGUGUCAGGAAAUCAAGAUUUUCGAAUUUCCAAAAAGAAUCUAC